AUGGCAGCAGAUCGGGCCGAGCCGCACCAUCCCAAGCUGGCCUCGGGUGGUUUCCGUCCGGCCGAUGCCUUGGAGUAUAAACAGCAGAGCAGUCCUGGGUCUGGCUCUUAUCCUUUGGCUUCUCAUGGAGUGCCGCGGAUUCCUGGCCCCUCUUCGUUCUAUGAUGACCGAAGCUACAGAAGUUCCCUUGGGAACUACUUUGAACUGCCUCUCCGUGCCAGAGAAGCGGCACAGGUCAGCCACCAAGGCCGUGCAAUCUCGAGCUGGCCCAGCCAAACCGGUCUUGGCCGAAUUGGCACUGUUCAAAUGCUGCCCAGCCGCGAUCCAUCUUCCGUUGGAUCUGGUACAGUCCCUGCCAAUUCCGACGCAACUGGAUCAAGCGGCGGCGACGACGACGGCGAGGACCAGGAGGAUCUGACUUCUUGGACCCUCGUCUAA